AUGGAGCAGCUCAGACGAACUUCUUCUGCCAUGGGCAUCAUGACGGAUUUCGGAGUGCACCAUUAUUUGAGAUCACCUUCGGCACUGGAGUUGAAUGGUUAUACGGAGAACGUGGUUGCUCUCACGAGGCUGUACCUCUGUCAGCUGCUUCAGAUCGCGGGAAGGUUAUCUGCCCAUCUCUUCGACGAAGAUUCUCGCCCACUCGACUCCGACAUUCCUUUCUGGCAACAAAUGACAGAGGAGUUAUUUCAAUGGCGGCGUUCUCUUCCGCCUCCGUUGAAGAUCAGCGACUCAAGUGGAGAACCCGAACUCAGAGACGAAGUGUAUGCGCAAGAAGUCAUCUUUCUGAAUAUGCUGUUUCACGAAGUCAUCAUUCUCCUCAACCGCCCAUUCACCUCUCAGAUUGUGACUUCUUCACCAGCGGGCUCGGCCACGAUAGCUCCAAGGUCUGCCUUCGAUUCAACAAUCACCAACGUCCACACAACGGCGGGAAAAUACUGCUUUGACUCGGCUUCUAGAAUAAUCGCCCUGCUGAUGUUGUUUAAACGCCAUUACGGGCUGCAAAACGUCCACCUGCAGAUGGUUCACAGCACUGUCACAGCCGGAGUGAUGCAUGCGUAUUUUUCGGUGUUUUGCCCUGACAAAUGCUCGUCGCAGGGCAGCACGCCGUGCGAAGAAAGGAGGGGGACGGCACAACAGUCGCUGCGACUCAGCAUCCGGGCGUUGGCUGAAAUGGGCCAGACAUUCGAUAGCGCCACCAGAGGCAUGGAGCUCGUGACUAGCUUGGGCCAGACCUGGCAACACCAAAGACGAAUGGAAAUUUCUGUGAAAUGA